GUGAGCAGCUAGCUGCGCCGCUACGUAGGCGGGGGAUCUACAUCAGUGAAGACUAGUGAGCGCAGUAAAGAAUGUGAGUCAUAAAUUUCGUCCUAAAAUUUUUUUCAAUCUAAUUGAAUAGUUGGUCUAUCAAUAUCUGCAAUAUAAAGGCCGACAACAGUGUAAGACCCCACAGACGCGCUAGAGUAAAUAAUAAUUCUGCCUCCAGGGUAACAACUGAGAACGGGUCCACGUUGCCACAUCACCGACUCGGCACACACGCACGUCCGUCAAGUGGUUCUGAUGCAUGCAGCCAGUAGAAGUUGUAGUUGUUCUACCAGUACUACUCACUGCUAGUGUCUACUGACUGCAUUGGAUAUUACGGCCAGCAAGGCGACAAGUUUACAAACUGCAGCUAGAAAAUACUAAAUGAUGAUGAUCAACCUGAUGACUGGUUUCCACAGUAACUGCAGCGAUACUUGAUCUACCAAGAUGUCUUACUUUGCAGCUGGUCGACUUUUGGAGACAAUAGAAGAGUCUAGCGAUAGCGAUAUUGACAGCGAUGGCUUUGACACAGCGUCUGAAGGUGAGGAGGUGCCAGAGUUCAUGCAGGGAUUGGUGGAUGUGAGCACCAGGGAAGGGGCACCGGUCAAGUUUGUCUGUGUAACCAGCGGUCAUCCCAGACCGGACGUGAACUGGUUCUGUAACGGGUCGGCUAUUGGAACGCAUCCAGAUUUCACCAUCACUUUGGAGGGAGACAGACACACCCUUCAGAUCAACCCUACAUAUCCUGAAGACACCGGUAUCUACACAGCUCAGGCAUUUAACCGUUCUUGGGUCAGACUUUCUCAUGCCAGAUUGACGGUGGAAGAAAUCUUCACAGACGAUGAGCUAAACGGUGUGCCUGAAUCUUUCCUUGAAGACCUAAAUGCAGAAAACGGCAGUGAAGAUGAAGACUCAUCAGGUGAUGUAGACGUAGUGAAAGGUCACGAGGUCAAAGUUCAGGGGUCACAGGAGAUUGCCAAGAUGUUGAAGAAGAGGAUCAGGAUUAAGCCGGGGGAUACCGCCCUGCUGGAGUGUUGCUGUGACACAUCAAAGUCAAACGUCAAAGUCAAAUGGUUGAAAGAGGAUGAAGAGAUUAGCCCUGAGUCCUCCCAACGUUACAAGGUGAGGCAUGACGACAGCGGAGUCCACUCACUGGAAAUAAGUGACAUCAUCUCCGACGACGAAGGGGAAUACUCGUGUGUUGCUGCUACUGAGGAUUGCGUAACUUCCAGUACGACCCAACUCAUCAUGAAAGAGAGAAAACCCAAGCCAUGGGAUCCCGUCCCGGCCCGCUUCCUGAAUCGCAUCGAGGACUUGACGGUCACAGAGGGCGAGGAGGCUCUCUUCCGCUGUCAGAUCAUCGGCCAUCCCAUCCCAGAGGUCACAUGGUUUCAAGAUGACGAGGUGCUAUGCCCAUGUCAGGACGUCAAGAUGACGUUUGACGGGCGGACGACGUUUAUGAUCAUCGCGGCGGCGUACCCUGAAGACAGCGGCCAGUACACCUGCCAGAUUUACAAUGGGUUAGGAGGACGAUUAAAUUGUAGUGCCCAUCUGAAAGUCAAAAAGAUCAAGUCUAGGAAACUGGUUCCUAAGCCGCCAGAAUUCACUGAAGUUUUCCACGACCGGACAGUUGCUGAGGGAACCGAAGUCAAGUUUGAGUGUCGGAUACGCGGCAAUCCCAAACCCAAAGUGGCCUGGCUGUUCAACAAUAAGGAACUCAAGCAGUCGCCGGAUUUCUUAUUCUUCCGCAAGCACAACCUGUACGUGCUUCACAUCGUUGAGGCCUUUCCGGAAGACGAAGGGGAAUAUACGUGCAGAGCUUUCAACUCAGUCGGAGAGUCUCAGUGGAGCGCCGAGCUCUUUGUGGAGGAAACACAGUCCACGAUCCCCUCUCCAGCCAUUGGAACCAUUACAGCGAACUUCUUCAGACCGUCGUUCCUCAGCCACACAAAAGACUGCAAAGCCGUUGAGGGCGGCCCGGCCACCUUUAACUGUAAAGUUACCGGCUCCCCCGAACCGGAAGUGGUAUGGCUCUUCAAUCAGUCGGAGAUAGGGGCCAACGACCACCACAUUCUGGAACACGGGGAGGAUGGGAGCUGCAUGCUGAUUAUUCCGCAUGUCACACCCAAGGAUGUGGGAGAGUAUACAUGUGUCGCAAGGAGUUCACUGGGAGUUGCUCAAAGCAUUGCCGGUUUAGAAGUCACAGAAAGAAUCUCUGAUGAUGAUCAAGAGCAAGAUAGUGGUUAUCGUGGCCAGGAGAGAAGGCUUAGUGAUGACUUCCGAUGUAGCAGUUCAGGAAGUGCCGACAUUCCCAGUCGUCCAGUCGGCAAACCCAACGUUUCCAAGAUCGCCGGCGAAUCCAUCCUCCUAACAUGGGAGACUAUACCCAACAAUGACUUGGACUCCACCGUCAUGUACAUCAUAGAAGGCAAGGAUGCCAGCGAAGAAGAUUGGAUCCUGAUCGCUACCGAUGUCACCGAUACCUCAUACUGGGUGUCCAGUGUCAAUCCUGAAGGAGGGUACGUCUUCAGGGUACGGGCGGAGGGAGAGAAUGGAAUCAGCGAACCGUCUGAGGAAUCCGAUGUGGUCUGUCUGAUGCAUUUAUUAUCUAAGAACCAAGAGGCAUCAGCGUCAGGAUCCUGUUUGAAGAAGCAGAACUCCGUUGCCAUAGCAAAAGACAUCAAGCCAUUUUUCAUGGACAGUCUGGAAGACGUGUACGUCAUGGAGCACGCCACGGCCGUCCUGAGCUGCAAGGUCUUAUGUGAGCCUCCUCCGAUCGUCAAGUGGUUUCGAGACGAAGACAUCAUCAACAACGAGAGGAUGCAAGCAACCUACAAGGAGGAUGGCACGUGUUUGUUGGAGAUCAAGGAUGUAACCUACAAGGAUAUCGGAGAGUACGAAUGUGUGGCUGAGAAUAAGACGGGGAAGGCUAGCUGCAGAUUGUACCUGGAUGUUGCAGAGGCACCUGACAUCAUCAAAGGCUUCGCAGACACCAGCGCUCCGGCAGGUGAGCAGCUUCGCUUGGACGUCCGCGUGGGCGGCAUCCCUGAACCCGAUGUGAUCUGGUACAAAGACAACCGUCCUCUCUCCCCGACCAGUAAAUUCUCCUUCCUGUUUGAGGGUGAGGAUAUGUGCUCCUUGAAGAUAGACCAGGCCGUGCCAGAUGAUGAGGGAUGCUAUAAGAUGACGGCUAUCAAUAUGGCAGGGGAGGUCUCACAUUCUGCUAAAGUGACUGUACCAGAUCCAAUGAAGUAUUUCUUCUCUGACAGUCGGAUUACAAUCAAGAAGGAUAUAACCGUUGAAGAUGAGUAUGAUGUUCAAACUGAACUUGGCAGAGGUGCGUACGGCGUCGUCAAGAAGUGCACCAACAAGAAGACAGGUAAGGAGUGCGCUGUCAAGAUCAUCCGAGUCAAAAACGGGAUGUGGGAUGAUCUGAGGAGAGAAGUCCUAGUGAUGGGGAUGCUGGAUCAUAAACGUCUCAUCAAUAUCUACGAUUCCUACGAGACCAAACAAGAUGUCAUCAUGGUCAUGGAACUUGUUAGUGGCGGUGAACUCUUCGAGAGGAUUGUAUCUCAAGAUCACAUCACCGAGAGCGAGACGGUCUUCUUCGUCAAGCAAGUCAUUGAGGGCGUUCAUCAUAUGCAUCAGAAGAAUAUAGUACAUCUGGAUCUCAAGCCCGAGAACAUUCUCCUGGUGUCACCGGACUCGGACGACCUUAAGGUCAUCGACUUUGGCUUAGCCAGGGUGGUGUCGCCAGACAGAGACGUCAUAUGCAAAUUCGGCACGCCUGAGUUUGUAGCCCCUGAGGUUGUUUGUAAGCAGCCUGUGACUACUGCUUCCGAUGUCUGGAGUAUUGGUGUCAUGGCGCACAUUUUAUUGAGCGGUAUAUCUCCCUUCAUGGGUGAAGAUGACAAGCAGACCUUGAUAAAAGUCAAGCGUGGGUACUGGGACUUUGAGGAUGAGGUGUGGGACGACAUCUCAGAUGAAGCCAAGGAGUUCCUGAAAGCUGUCAUGGUCCUCGAUCCAAAAAAAAGACUUACACUGGAUCAGUGUUUACAACACUCCUGGUUGAAGUUUGAUGAACGUCAUGACCAGGGUGUAGCUAAACUCAGCACACAGAGACUCAAGACAUUCAACUCCAGACGCAAAUGGCAGAAAGCACUGACCGCUGUGAAAUCCGCCAUGAGGUUGAGACGUCUAUCCAGCAUAGCAGCUAGCGACAUCAAUGCCUUCAGACAACGUCAGCUGCAAGGCAAGGGCCAGAGUCAAGAUGCUGGCUCCCAGGAGAAAGAUAACAAAACCCUGCAGGUGGACGGUGAGGGAGAGGGUGGCACACAGGCUCAGACAGGUAUGGGGUAUGGGUUUGAUGAAGAUGAUGAUGAUCAUCAUCCUGGUAUCCUACCCCUGCCAUGCAUCAUUGAUGACUGUAUGGGCGCCGGUGAUGAUGAGAACCCCGCAUGUCUGGUCGUUCCUCCCUUUAAGGCGCAAAGCAUUAUGGGUCACCCACUGCAUGAUUCCGAAGCGCUGAGCACCGGCAAUGCUGGACUGUCCGCGGAGAACACAGGUAUGGGAGUCUGUGACGUAUCCCACAAUGCAUGCGUGUUGUGUCAGUGCAAUGCAUGUCUGUUGGAGAUGAACUUGGCCAGUUAUGUUGAGUGUGCUUGUGUGCAUGAUCCGUCCCUUGUAAAGUGCUGUGAUCUCAAAGAAACUGGUGUACUUUGUCAAUGUGUGCAGAAUUCACGACCAAGAGACAGUGCAAAUCAUAGUAGAAUUACAGAUGUAGAACCAUUUGAGAGUAAUUUUGUCCCAUUUGAUCAAUGUGAUGUAAAGAGAUCGAAUCUCAAAGCCAGUGAACGGGAUAGUCCGUGCUCUCUAAGUACCAGUGUGCUAGAUCGGAAAUGUAUCGCAACCUCAUCUAGUGUGUGCAAACUUUUACACAAACUGGCAGUAUCGCCUGAGGAAUUCAUGUUGCUUCUUAAGGAUGCCUUGAGAUUGCUAUCUACAACUAAAGAUUGUGAAGAAACGUUUGCCUACGAUUUGGACAGAACUUCAAUUAACGUAUUAAACAGUGCCGACAUAACUUCGGUAUCAUGUGAGCGAGUGAUUGGGGAGGACUACAUCUCGGUGACUGAUACAGAUAUUGCGAUGCAACCCAUGACAACGCUAGCAGGUUGUUACACGGAACACGUUCCUGAUUUAGACCUGGAAGCCGUCCCGCCAAGCGAGGCCUCUGCCGAACUCGACCAGAUGAAGCAGGAGAACGGCAAAGCAGACGGUGCGUUUUUUACAUUUGAUGGAGUAAACGGAGAGAUGAGCAAUGGAAAGGAGAACGAGGCCAGCCAAGAUUAUGCCAGGUCAGGUAGCAAAGAAGCAGUCAAGGGAAAAGUUGGGAAAAUAGGGUGGGGCUCGAUUCUUGGCAGCGUCGCAAAAAACGGCCAGCCUGAAAGUGCAGGGGCUAAGGAGACAAGUUGUCUCGAUGAUGAGCCUCAGAAACAGGCUCAUCCAGGCGCGGCAGCCUUCUCCAAGCGCAAAUGGUCCAAAUCGAAACUUGUGCUUCCGUCCACGCUACGACGUAUCCAGGAGAACAGAGCUCUCUCCACGGAGGAAGCACCUCCAGCCGGGUCUUCUACUCCUGAAAAGGAGACAGUGGAUCACAAUUCCAACAGCUCGGCUCCUCUGCCAAGGAGACUCUCUAGCAAAUGGUCCAAGGAAUCCAUGGAUUCCGUUGAUUUUGGAGACGAUUAUGAGCCAGAGGUUGAGGAAAGUUCUAGUCUCUCGCCAGAAGUCAUGGCCUUUGAUUCACGCCACUCUGCCGAAAAGAAGCGGCGGAUCUUGAAGGACGAAGAAGUCUCCUCCCCGCAGAUAUUCGGCAAGGAGGCUGAGCCAAAGUUGCUCAGCAUCACGGAGCUCAUGCUGAAGAUAAGCCGCGACAACAAGAGGAAAGAAUCGGAGAGCAGAGACAGUCCACAGAAGCUUGAUCCACAGAGACUCUCGCCAAACGAUGCAGCAUCCCUCUCAACCAAACGGAGUCCUGAAGUGGGCAGACUCCGAGCUGUUUCGUUCAAUACCAGCCAGGAGUUUGAUCUGAAAGGCCAUCUGGAUUUUCUUGUGUGCGAGGUGGAUGAAAGACUGAACUUGGGACGAUAUGAAACCUGGAUGUUACUGAGGUACAGUCAAACUGUUCGGUUUGUUGCUGGUGUUAUCUUUGGUAUGGUAAUUGGUGCACUCUGCCGUAUAAUCUUCUGAGCAACCCCAGUAUCACAGGUAUGUUUGUAGUCUUCAUUAAAAUAACACUUCCAGCAAAAUCAGAAAAAAAACAGUAGGUCUACAAGCAAAGUAGUGGUGAUACUAGAUGUAGAUGUUUUGAUAUAGAGAGCUAUUUUUAUACAACAUAUAACACAUAUGAAAAAAAAAAUGGUGCCUUAGGCCAAAAAAAAAUAAUACUCGUUCUCUGGUCAGCGCGGGCGUCGAUUUUAAUCAUGCGCGUCCA